UCUUCUGUGUAAACAAAAGUGAACAGUGACUUAGAACAAUUUCCACAUUAGCGUUUUUAUUGUUGUUAUUUAGAGGUUUAUUAACACCCUGUAACUUAAAAUAUGACUAAUUUAACUGCACAACUUCGCAUACUUACCCCCAGGUAGUGUUUAAUUCAUGUUGGAGACAGGACUUGGUUGAUAGAUGUUAUCUAGGUAACGCUAGCUAGCGAACAAUGGCUAACGUUAAAUGUAUGGUUUUUCACACUCAAAUAGCCUCUAUCAUGGAGGUGCUAGCGAAUGCAGCCGUGGAAGAUAUCUGCAAACUCGUAGACGACGAUUAUGCAGUGUUUCGUUUGGAAAUAACUCAAAGCCAGAAAGAAAACCGGGUAUUGCGGAGGAAACUACAGGUUCAGGAACAGAAGGUAUCACGGGAGCGCUUCCUCUCCAGUCGUCCCAGAAAUGUCAAGAUCCUUGACAGAUACAGAGGAAUGGCUAGAGUUGAAGGACAUCUCACUGGAGGCCACAGGAGCUUUUUGAAGCCAGCGGGACACAAUACAUGGAGAGAUGACCAACCAAUCACCGUUGAUGAGGGGACUGGAACCUCAACCCAGCACGUUAUCAUGAUAGAGGAGGAGGGUCCAGAGGUGGUGCUGGUGAAGGAGGAGGGGUGUGAGGAGGGUCUGGGGAACCCUGAGGGGACCAUGGUCAUGGAGGACAACCAGACUACACCACCUCCUGAACUCACAGAAGAACCAGCUGAGCAGCACAGGACGACACACAGUCUCACUGAGUCAAUAGACAUGGAGGAUGGGAAGCCUGAUCUGCUGUUAGUCAAAGAGGAGACAAUAGAGGACGGACCAGAGAGCAUUGAUCUUCUGAGUGGACUAAAUAUGGGGGAGCAAGGUGAUUGGAUGGAGGCUAAAAGAGGAGACUGUGCGGCCAUCUUCGAUUUCCAGACCCAGACUGGUGCAGGCAAGGGCCGAGGGAAUGACAUCACUGAGCAGGCCAGGACCAGAGGCGAGGUCAGUGGAUGGGACAGCGUCCUCAACUCUGGGCUGGGGAACAACACUGUUAACUACAACCAGAAACAGACAGUUGAACACAAAACACCAACUGAAUUUAGUCUCCAUGACAACAGACUGGUUGAGACCAGGGCGAGGUGUAGAUUUGGUCUGCGGGGACAGGGAGGUGUCCGUAUGCAUCAAAAGAGAACAGACACAGACUCUACUAGCGAUGCUCCGUCCUGCUCCUAUAGUUGUGAUUCACAGAGACUGAUGACACCUCAGGUUAACCCCCUAACAGGUGCUACCUUCAGCCUGCCUUAUAUAGGAUCUAUCAACUGGAACAUGGACCCUGUGACAACACAGACACUCCCUGGCCUUCAUCCUCCUCACACUCUCCUAAUGUUAAACCAGACCUCAGACGAUACCAGUGUCUCAACACUUAAUAGCUACACAAGCCCAUUGACAAAUGACAGUAGUAGUAGUAGUAAUGCCAUCAGUAGAUCUGGUGGCAAAGAGAAGCGCUUCCCGUGUUCAUUCUGUGGGAAAGCCUUCAGUUUCCCCAAACACGUGGAGAUCCACCAGAGGAUGCACACGGGGGAGAAACCAUUCAGCUGUAGCCAGUGUCACAUGCGCUUUGCCCAGGCUGGCCACCUGAAGAGGCACCAGAGAGUUCACACAGGGGAGAAACCCUACAGCUGCCCCCAGUGUGAGAAGAGGUUCUCCCGCCAGCCCCAGCUGAAGAGGCACCUGAAGGUCCACACGGGAGAAAGGCCAUUCGCCUGUACGCACUGUGGGAAGAAGUUCUCAGAGAGGAGCUCUCUCAGGAUACACCAGCAGAAAAUGCACACAGCCCAUGUAUAGAGUAUAGUGACAUGUAAUGUAGUACUAGUUAGUUUGUAGUUCAUUCUGUUGGUUUAGGAUGUAGUAGGGAACUGGAUGAGGUAGAAUGAGUAUGAUGAGGCAGAGUAGAUGAUAUGGUGAUUGUGUCUGUACAAAUGCUUCACUGAUGAAGAGUGACAAACUUUGUCCCUUUCAGGUUGAUGCUGGUGUUUUAUAAUAAGAAAAUGAUAGUGCCUGAAUUAAUGUUUACAUUAAAUAAAGAAGUCAUGUGUAAUGUUAACUUUUCCAACAUUAUUUUAUCAAAGCGAGGUUACCAGAUUUACAGAAGUUAUUCUACACUGAAUGAAAAUAAACGCAACACGAUUUUACUGAAUUAAAGUUUAUAAGGAAAUCAGUUAAUAUAAAUACAUUUGUUAGUCCCUAAUCUAAGGAUUUCACAUGACUCGGAAUCAGUGUUGUGUUCUAUACCACCUAAAUUCAAGACCGGAGAAAAAUUGAGUCCAAUUCAACACCAUGAUUGUAAUUUUGUCAAUCUCCACCAUUGUAAGAGUUCAAAAUGUCCAGUAUUUCUGUGUUCAUAUUUCAGAAGAACAUGUGGAUUCUUUAGACAUUCAGAAAAGGUGAAAAAAUGCAUGCAGAGGGAAAAUAGAGCCACUCUACAAAUUAUUACUAACCCAAACAAUUAAGAUCUUCUACGCCUAAGGAUCUCAAGCACUGAGAUGCAGCGCCACUCGGGAACCCCAGAGUAUUUAUAACAUAUUUUUAAUGAUAAUAAUAAUUCUAAUUACAUUAUUUUCAAUUAUAUUGAUUUAAUCUAUUACUAAGUAAGCCAUUGGCUAGGCUACCAGAAGCUAGACAGAAAGGAUCUGCCAUUCAACUACAUUUUGGCGUGACAGUGGAAUCAACCAAUCACAUUUUGAAUUGUAAUGGGUUUACAAAAAAACAUGGAAACGUCUGCCUUCUCAAAGGCCAGCAGGUCACUGCGGAAUAGGGAGCAGUAGUUCUCAGUCUAGCCAGCUAUAU